AGAGGAGCCGGGAGUGGGGCCCCAGCGGCCCAGCCUGGCUCUGCCCGCGCCGUCCCCCAUCCCAUCCCACCCGGUGCUGUGCCGUGCGGUCCAGAGCCCCGGCGGCCCAGGCAGGGCAGGUAAGCCCCAGUAAUCCCUGGAUCCUCCGCAUCUCAGCCAAGAUGCCAACGAGACGCUGGACACCUGGUACUCAGUGCAUCACCAAGUGUGAACACAUGAAGCCCAAGCCAGGCGAGCUGGCCUUCCGAAAAGGAGAGGUUGUCACCAUCUUGGAGGCUUGUGAGCAGAGCAAGAGCUGGUACCGGGCUAAGCACCAUGACAGUGGUCAGGAGGGGCUGUUGGCAGCUGGAGCCGUUCGAGAGCGAGAGGCCAUCCCCGCUGACCCCAAGCUCAGCCUCAUGCCGUGGUUUCAUGGCAAGAUCUCGGGACAGGAGGCGGUAGCUCUGCUACAGCCAGCAGAGGACGGGCUCUUCUUGGUGCGGGAGUCUGUGCGGCACCCAGGGGACUAUGUUCUGUGUGUCAGCCAUGGCCAGGAAGUGGUCCACUACCGAGUGCUGCACCAUGGUGGACGGCUGACCAUUGAUGAGAGUGUCUGCUUCUACAACCUUAUUGACAUGAUUGAGCAUUACAUGAAGGACAAGGGGGCCAUCUGUACAAAGCUAAUGAAACCCAAGAGGAAACAUGGAACCAAGUCAGCUGAGGAGGAGCUGGCCAAAGCUGGUUGGUUACUGAACCUGCAGCAGCUGACCCUUGGCAGUCAGAUUGGGGAGGGGGAGUUUGGAGCCGUGUUGCAGGGGGAGUACCUGGGCCAGAAGGUGGCAGUGAAGAACAUCAAAUGUGACGUCACCGCCCAGGCCUUCCUGGAUGAAACAGCUGUAAUGACGAAGAUACAGCACAAGAACUUGGUGCGGCUGCUGGGGGUCAUUCUCCACCAAGGGCUCUACAUUGUCAUGGAAUACAUGAGCAAGGGGAACCUGGUGAAUUUUCUUCGGACCCGGGGCCGUGCCUUGGUGCACAAGGCUCAGUUGCUGCAAUUCUCCUUGCAUGUGGCCGAGGGCAUGGACUACUUGGAGGGUAAGAAACUUGUACACCGAGACCUGGCUGCCCGAAACAUCCUCAUCUCCGAGGACCACGUGGCCAAGGUCAGCGACUUUGGUCUGGCCAAGGCUGAGCGAAGGGGCCUGGAUACCAGUCGACUUCCUGUCAAGUGGACUGCACCUGAGGCCUUGAGACAUGGGAAAUUCUCCAGUAAGUCAGAUGUCUGGAGUUUUGGGAUCCUUCUGUGGGAAGUAUUCUCCUAUGGCCGGGCUCCAUACCCCAAGAUGUCUCUGAAGGAGGUGUCUGAAGCUGUGGAGCAGGGUUACCGAAUGCAGCCUCCGGAGGGCUGUCCUGCCAGUGUCUAUGCCCUCAUGGGCAGCUGUUGGGAGGCGGAGCCGACUCGUCGUCCAGCCUUCAGGAAACUCUUGGAGAAGCUGGCCAAGGAGCUGAGGAACACGGCAGCAGAUCCUGUCCCUGAGGGAAGCUCAGCUGGACCCCAAAGCCUCCAGGAACCUUGAACCUCUGGCCCUUGUGCCCCCAAGGCUGAAAACCAGACUAUAGGCUAAAGUGGAGGGCUCCCAAGGGCCUUGCCCAGCCCAACCCCACUGGGGACUGGAAGGAGAUUGGAAAAUGUCAAAAUGUCUCCUCCUAUCUCCUGUUCUCUCUGGAUAAUUCCUGGGCUGAGAGAGCCACCCAAAAGGGGCCUGGGGCUGGAUGGGAGAGUGCAUGGGGGUGGGGAAUGUAGAGCUGUACUACAGUUGAUACCUGCCCUCCCCCCCACCAAGCUUCUGGUGCAAUCUGGCCUCAGUUUCCUUGGGCUGCAGUCACUCCUCAGCUGGCAGUGCCUACUUGGGGAAUAGCCAGGGUGGAGAUGCCCCCAAAUGGGCUAUAGAAAUCAAGAAGCCCACGGGAUGGCCCUGGCAACCUGGGAGAAGACGAUAAAGGACAUGGAGGCUUUAUUAUUCUGA